AAGCCUUAUUUGCAGCAUUCCUCAGUUUGCAGCAGGGGCUGCACUUUUUUUUACGGGACCUCAGGCUUUUAAACAGAAAACAUGAUGGAGAUAUAUUUGUUUUCAGUUAUUUUAGCAACUAUCCUCAUCACACCGUUUGCGCUUAAAACUCUGUCCCCUUAUCUGUGGAUGGAUAUUCUGUAUUUUGGGGAUCUCCUGCGCAUUUUGGUGAAGUUUGUCUCGAGGCGAAGAAGGAGACCUUUCUUCUUUGUUUUGGACCGUUUCUUGGAGCAGACCGCUGCGCAUCCACACAAGCCCUUCGUUGUGUUUGAAAAUGAAAACUUCUCGUACACUUUCACAGACAAGAGGAGCAACAAGACAGCCAACGCGCUCCAGUCUCACCCCGGAUACAAAGCUGGAGACACCGUCGCACUUUUCAUGGGGAAUGAACCCGCCUUCAUGUUUACCUGGCUGGCUUUGGCCAAAUUAGGCUCUCCUGUGGCUCUCCUCAAUCACAACAUCCGCUCAAAGUCUCUGCUGCACUGCUUUAACUGCUGCAAGGCCACAGUGUUGAUUGCAGCCUCGGAGCUAAAGGAAGCAGUGGAGGAUGUGCUGCCCUCACUCAUCGAGCAGGGUGUCACCGUCCUCCUGAUGACAAAACACUGUGACACCCCUGGGAUUGAGAGCUUCUUUGAUAAAGUGGACGAGGCACCGGACACCCCGCUCCCUCGAUCUCUCAGAUCACACAUCACAUUCAAAAGUCCUGCAGUUUAUAUUUACACCUCUGGGACUACAGGUCUCCCUAAGGCAGCCGUGGUCAAUCAGAAUCGCCUCUUAACAGCUCUGGUCGUUUUAUCUUCAAACGGUGUAACAUCCAGUGAUGUCAUCUACCUCAACCUGCCUCUGUACCACACGGCUGGAUUCAUCGUAGGCUUUAUUGGCUCCAUUGAGACAGGGUCAACGAUCAUUCUGAGGAGGAAGUUCUCUGCCUCUCAGUUUUGGGACGACUGCAGGAAACACAGUGUGACUGUUGUGCAGUACAUAGGAGAGGUGAUGCGUUACCUCUGUAGCACAUCGAAGAAAGAAAAUGAAAAGGACCAUAAAGUACGCCUGGCCAUUGGCAACGGUGUCAGAGCGGAGAUAUGGAGAGAGUUUGUCAAUCGCUUUGGGAACAUUCAAAUCCGAGAGUUUUACGCCUCCACUGAGGGAAAUGUGGGAUUUGUCAACUAUGCAGGGAAAAUUGGAGCAAUUGGACGAGUAAACUUUUUUCACAAGAGGCUGUUCCCCUUCGCCCUGAUCAAGUAUGACACAGAGCGGGAUGAGCCAGUUAGAGAUGCUAAUGGCCUCUGCGUGGAGUCGCCCAAAGGUGAGACAGGACUGCUGGUGUCAAAGAUCACAGACAUCGCUCCUUUUGUCGGCUACGCCAAGAAUGAAGAACAGACGGAGAAGAAAAGACUUCGAAACGUUUUCAAGAAAGGAGAUCUUUACUUCAACAGCGGAGACCUGAUGAGGAUCGAUAAAGACAACUUCAUUUACUUUCAGGAUCGUGUAGGUGACACAUUCAGGUGGAAAGGCGAGAAUGUGGCAACGAACGAGGUGUCCGACAUCCUGACGAUCAGCGAUUGUCUCAAAGAAGCCAACGUUUAUGGAGUCCAAGUACCAGGGCAUGAGGGGCGGGUAGGAAUGGCAGCAGUCACUGUGAAGGGGGGUGCUGAGUUCAAUGGAAGCAGAAUAUAUAACCAUGUGGUUAGCUACCUGCCUUCAUAUGCCCGACCUCGCUUUAUCAGAAUACAGAAUGCCGUUGAGGUGACGGGGACUUUCAAGCAAAUGAAGGUGAAGUUAGUGGAGGAGAGUUUCGAUCCAGGACGUAUCCAGGACCCUCUUUACAUCCUUGAUGAUGCAGAGAAAAGUUACGUACCGCUGACAGCUCAGGUCUACAGCUUCAUCAUAUCAGGACACAUCAAACUAUGAGUAGACUCUCAGUGUUCAUUAAAUGUGCGGGCAUUGAUACUUUUAAUAAUGAACUUCAGCUCAGUGACUGAACAGAGAUUUUAACUCAUGUUAUUUGUGUGUUGUAAAAUAAUAUGGAGACAUAGUAAAUGGUUUCAUUAAAAGCAGUAGAUGGGAUCAGAAUAUAAAUGAUAUAUUUACUGCCAAGUGAUAAUAUAAAAAGUACAUUUACAAGCAUGAGGACUUCUGCUUUUACUUUAUUCAGUCUAAAAAUGGUGUUGAGAAGCAACGCUGUACAUAUGAAUUAUCAAAUUGUUUACUGAGAUGCUUCUGUCAGCAAGGAUAGUGGUUAUUAGACUUUCUCUAAAUUUUUUUUCCAGAUUUCUGCCUACCCAGCUUUAAUGCAGUGCUUAUAGGAAAGACUUGAGCAGCAUGUAAUUGCUUAGAGUUACAAAAAAUAUGUAGCACAAGUCCUAAUAUGAAUUUCAUGUUUAUGUGUCAAUAUCUGUAAAUAUGAAUUACCUACAUUACUACAUCUCCUAUAAAUUAAAGUAAUUCUAACUUGUU